GCGGCGCCGAGCCAUCGGUCGCGCAGGGAGAUGGGCCGCUACUCGGGCAAGACGUGCCGGCUGCUCUUCAUGCUUGUGCUCACCGUCGCCUUCUUCGUGGCCGAGCUGGUGUCGGGCUACCUGGGCAACUCCAUCGCGCUGCUGUCCGACUCUUUCAACAUGCUGUCCGACCUGAUCUCGCUGUGCGUGGGCCUGAGCGCCGGCUACAUCGCGCGGCGCCCCCGCGGGGGCCUGGGCGCCACCUACGGCUACGGCCGCGCCGAGGUGGUGGGCGCGCUCAGCAACGCCGUCUUCCUCACCGCGCUCUGCUUCACCAUCUUCGUGGAGGCCGUGCUGCGCCUGGCCCGGCCCGAGCGCAUCGAUGACCCGGAGCUGGUGCUCAUCGUCGGCGCCCUGGGGCUGGCGGUCAACGUGCUGGGGCUGCUCAUCUUCCAGGACUGCGCCGCCUGGUUCGCCGGCUGCGGCCGCCGCCGCCGCCGCCCACAGCUUCAGCAGCAGCAGCAGCAGCAGCAGCAGCAGCGGCCGGCCGGGGGCGGCAUCCCCUGCGCUUUCGGGGAUCCUCCGGGCGCCGAGGGCCGCUGGCCAGCCGCCGCCCCGCCGGCUCCCGGCCGAGACUCGGCCGUGACCCUCCGCGCGGCCUCGCUGGACAGGAAGGUCGAGAAGGGGGCGACCGUGUUCUCAAACGUAGCAGGUGACUCCCUGAACACCCAGAAUGAACCAGAAGAGAUGAUGAAAAAGGAGAAAAAGUCCGAAGCCCUGAACAUCAGAGGGGUGCUCUUGCACGUGAUGGGAGACGCGCUGGGGUCAGUGGUUGUGGUGAUCACAGCCAUCAUAUUCUACGUGCUUCCCCUGAAACGGGAGGACCCGUGCAACUGGCAGUGCUACAUCGACCCCAGCCUGACUGUCGUCAUGGUCGUCAUCAUCUUGUCCUCCGCCUUCCCGCUCAUCAAGGAGACCGCUGCCAUUCUGCUGCAGAUGGUCCCUAAAGGCGUCAACAUGGAGGAGCUGAUGAGUAAACUGUCUGCGGUGCCUGGAAUCAGCAGUGUUCACGAAGUCCACAUCUGGGAACUUAUAAGUGGGAAGAUCAUUGCCACUCUGCACAUCAAGUGUCAGCAGGACAGGGGCGAUCAGGAUGCCACUAGAAAGAUUCGAGAAAUCUUCCACAACGUGGGAAUCCACAGCGUGACCAUCCAGUUGGAGAAGGUGGACCUGAAGGAGGCCCUGGAGCACAAGGACCUGCAGGUGCUCUGCAGCUCGCCCUGCAUCUCCAAGGGCUGUGCCAAGCAGCUGUGCUGUCCCCCAGGGGCACUGCCACUGGCCCACGUCAACGGCUGUGCAGAGCACAACGGCGGUCCCCCACUGGACACGGUGCCCGCGGAUGGCCUCGGUCGACGAGAAACAGCAGACGUGGCUGUUGAAGUACCUUCGGGAGGUUGUCUAAGUGGCUACGGACAAGCGCUUAGCAAAACUCAGGAGAACUCGCAUUGUGUCAACAGCACGCAUUUUUAAUCUGGUGCCUGCACAAGUAAGACUGUAUAGAUAAGGCAUUUUGGAACCACUAGCCUGGCUUGUGGCACGAGCUUUGUGGGUUGUGGGCACCAAUCAGCCCUCAGUGUGCAAGCUCCGUGUUCACUAAGGGGUUGGCUCUUGGGGGUGGUGGUUGAUUGCUGUGUGGCUGAGAACCCUUCACACCAUCCUGGGUGUUUCACGGCGCUCUCCAACCCUUCCGUUUGAACACCUGUUUUCUGAAGUACAUGCACUAGGUCGCCCCAUCAGGGACGUCGAAGGCCGUGGGACUCAAUGGCUGUGGGCACAGGAUUCACAGUAGUUUGUUUUUCAAAUCGAUUCGACCUUCUAGCUGACUCUCAGGUGAGGUCAUACCAAGUACGCGGAAAAACCUUCCGAACCAUGAUCGAAUAGCUCGAACUGUAAUUCUUUCUAGCAGACUUCUUUCCCAUUCUGCUAGAAGAUCACCAAAAAGGAAAGUUAGGUGGUCCUGCAGAAAAUUUUUUUCUUUGACUCAUUUUUGAAUAAAUGUAAAGUGCAUACCUAGU